ACGCCUACCAACAGCUUGUGUUAGCAGAGUCGGGAGCGCAAGGACAGAUGGCUCAGGAGAUCAUCCAACUUCAACCAGGAAUGCAAAUUGAGCGAUGGACGAUAGAGAAGAAGCUCGGAGAAGGUGGAUUUGGUGCAGUUUAUCGUUGCCGCGAUAUGACUGGACAGUAUGCUCUCAAAGUAGAAGGCGUUGCAGAGCAAAUUCAGGUGUUGAAAAUGGAAGUCUAUGUGCUGACUGAGUUAACGAAACGUGGAUCAAGACACUUCGCCAGAAUCGAAGACAAAGGAAGAUACGGGAAUUUCAACUAUAUCGUCAUGACACUCGUCGGUAAAUCACUGCAAGACUUGAAUAAAGGUGGACCAGGUGGUCACAUGACUACUGGAUGUGCAAUAUCAGUUGGUAUUCAGUGCCUGGAAGCACUUGAAGAUCUGCAUAACAUUGGCUACUUACACCGUGAUGUAAAGCCGGGUAACUAUACAAUAGGAAGACCUGAAUUACGAGAACUGCGAAAAAUUUAUCUACUAGAUUUUGGAAUGUGUAGGAAAUUCACCAAUGACCAGGGCAUCAUUCGCAAGCCUCGUCAGGCAGCGGGUUUUCGAGGAACGGUACGUUAUGCUCCCAUAUCAUGCCAUCUCCAGAGGGAGCUGUGCAGGAAAGAUGACUGCGAAACAUGGGUGUACAUGCUUGUGGAAUUGACGCAUGGCCGCCUUCCGUGGAAGGAAGUUCAGGAUAUGAACCAGGUUGGAGAGUAUAAAAAGCGUGUACGGCAGCCGAUGUAUAUCAUGGAAUUGUUCCCGCACCCCUGUCCACGUGAAUACAUACAGAUAUUGCAAUACAUUGAUAGCUUAAAGUACUAUGAUGCACCAAAUUAUCAAAUGAUCUACCAGUUAAUGCGACAAGGACUCGCGUCAAGUCGUUUGCAGGAAUUCCCGUACGAUUGGGAAAUGGGCGGACCAACGGCAUACAUGCUCCAGUAAAACGCUCGCAUUUCCCAUAGCAUCGUAAAUAAAGUUUUUCAUCAGGC